UUGAAUUCCAGUCAAAACUUAGUAUGAAAUUUUUAGUAAUUUUAGCAUUAUUUUGCGCCAUUGUAGCGGUAAAGGCACAACUCAAUCUUGGUUUGGGCUUAGGUAUUGGGCGAGCUGGCCCACCGCCGCCGGAGUUUUUCCAAAAUGUAAUUCUCAAUGCAGAAGCGCAGAAAGUUCUCGCAACUCCCAGUUUACCCGCUGAUUUACAACAGCGUGUACAGGACACACUGAGCAAUUCUCAAUCCGGAUUAAAUAAUUGCAGUACCCUGACCACAUUGCCCUGGUUUCAAAUGCGUUGCGUCGCUUUACAACUAUCGAAGUCCAAAGCUGAAUUGAAGGCUAUAGAUGACGAAGCCAAAGCGAGGGCCCAGGCAGCUGCAACAGCGGAAGCAAGCGCACCAGCUGCCGCAGACGCAAUAAGCAUUUAAACUUUAUAAAAUUAAGUAAUACAUUAACUG